AAAUUAUAGAAGCUAAUAUUUUUUACUUAUUUCUUAUUUAACAUACAGACUAAAUAAUUCAAGAGUAAUUAGUAAUAUUGCAAUCCAUCCCACAGACAUUCCUAUCUCGGCUAUCGUAAAGCUAUUCCAGGCUAUUCUUAUUUAAAAAUUACGGCUUCCUUAUCGUUUUUCUGAUUAAAUAAUAGUAUAAACUACAAACUAUGUUAAUAUCACGUUAAUAUAUAUAUAUAUAUAUAUCCAUCCUCCCGAGAAAACCAAUGAUGAAGUCUUUCUACCGUAUACUAGAUAACAUUAUUUUUUAAUAAUUACAGCAAAGAUAAAGGAUAGUUUACAAGUAUGGAUAUGAACACUGAAGAGGUCGUGUUCGUGUUAAAUAAAAUAACUCCUGUAACUAUUUUUAUUUGGUAUUUAUAAUUACUUUCCAUAUACCAUAUACAAUAUUUAGAAAGGUUGAACCAUGAUACUAGCUAUAGGAUGUUUGGUGAUAGUUUGCGCCACUACAAUAGCUGUGAUAAAGUCAAAGAAACCUCUUAAACUGAUCAUUGCAGAAGCAAAAUAUGAAAUUUUGUAUAAUGCGGUGGGCUCGAAAUAUAUGAUGAACGAUUUUUUGAUGAGAAACAAAAAUAAAUUAACAGAGUUGCCUAAAGAUUUAAAGAAAAUUGCUGUAAUAACUGGAGGAACCAGAGGAAUCGGUUUGGAAGUUAUAAAAUUAUUGCUUACUGCAGAUAUAAAUGUAAUUAUAGGUUGUAGAAAUGUUCAGCAAGGAGAGACACUUUUGAAAAAAUUCCGAGACAUGGGAAUCGACCGGGGAAACAUAGAAGUUUACCAAUUAGACAUAAGUGUAACGAAUUCCGUGAAAAAAUUCGCCAGUGAAAUCAAGGAAAGACACGAUAAAAUUGAUUAUUUAAUUAAUAACGCUGGGAUAAUGUUUGGCCCGUACGUCGAAUCCCGAGAUGGUUACGAAUCCCAAUUCUCGACGAACUAUUUGGGACAUUUUCUCUUGACUCAUCUCUUACUGCCCGAAUUGAAAAGAGCAGGAACAGAAAAGUCCAACUCUAGAAUCGUAAAUGUGUCUUCGUGUGCCCAUGUCAUUGGAAAAAUAAAUUUUGAAGAUAUUAAUCAUAGGAAUCGAUACAUUCCAUCAGAGGCGUACGCUCAGUCGAAACUAGCUCAAGUAAUAUUCACAAUAUACUUAAACGACUUAUUUAAAAAAGAGAACGCCCAUGUUCAAGUUCAUUCAGUACAUCCUGGAAUUGUCAACACUGACUUGUUUAAUGGAACUCAUUUAAAGAACCUGGCUCCUUGGAUUCCACAUCUCUUCUUCAAGAGCCCAGAACAAGGUGCCUAUCCAAUAAUAUACGCAUGUUUAUCGCCUAAACUUGAAGGUCAAGGUGGUACCUAUAUAGAUAACUGUCGAGUGGUGUCGCCUAGCGACAGGGCUUCGAACCCCGAAGUACAAGAAAAACUUUUCAAAUAUACCAAAGAACUUCUUAGUAUAGAAAAAUACAGUGAAUUAUUAUAACCUCCAUUUGUAAUUAUGGCAAUAAAAACAAUAAUUUAUAUUUUUA